AUGACGACUGACGACAACGUCAAAGUCGAGGAUUACAAGUAAGUUUAGUCCGUUUUGUUAUUGGUAUCUGAUUUUAGGAACUCCCUCAAGGAAUUGACCGGCAAUCACAAGUUGAAGAUCAAUCUGCUCACCAUCCUUGCCGAUGAUUACUCGGAUUGUAGCCAACAAAUCGUCGAUUGUGUGAUUGAAUCGGCUUUUCAGGUGAGAAUUGGGGUUUAUUGAUUUUUGAGGUUUUUUUAUGAAAUACGUGGCAAUCUUGAAUAUAUUUUAUGUUUUGUUAGCGAGUAUCGGGCGUAUUAAGAAUCAGGUUAUUGUUUUAUUGGGAAAUAACAGAAUUUAAUACUUCUCUUAUAUAUUGUACUUGAUACCCAAAAUCUGCAAUGUUAAUUUUUUCUGUUUCAGGCUCCUCCUCCCCUCAAAUUGGUGCACCUGUAUCUGAUCGACUCAAUUUCGAAGAAUGUCGGCGCCAAAGGCGGUUAUGCCAUCAAGUUUUCGAACAAGAUCGCCGAUUUGUUCGUCCACGUCUUCCUUCAGGUGAUUCUCUCUCCCAGAUCUCUGUUUGUUAUCCAUUAUUUUUUGAAAAGAGAAACUCCGGUGGUUUUUAUUCAUCCUGGUCGAGGGGUCCCUUGAAGGGUACCUUGACCGGGAAUUUUGAUCAGGGUUUAGGUAUUUUUAUGGACGAAUUUGGAUGGAACAAGAUCAGAAUGGGCAUUAACAGAGCUUGGAAGACGUAAAAAAGAGAAUAUGAGAGAUAAAAGAAUUGAAUAUCGAUUGGAACUCCCAUUAAAAGAGUCUUUAAGACCAAAAAAAGAUGGAGAAUAUAAAAAAAUGAAGAGAUGUGAAUAAUAUCAUGUGAAAAGAGAUAAAAAGAAGUGAAAAUAUCGAUUAUAAUGUUACCAACUCUGUCAUCUGUCGCCCGAUCAAAUCCGAACCCGAUCUGGAUAUUAUCCAUGACCAAACAAGGACGGAAGGACUCCAGAUUACUUUGUUUUUCUCACGUUUCUGGGGAAAUACUUUUGUUUUACAUUAAACAGAGAGAUACGAUCCCGACUCGUCUCGAAUUCCAUUUCUUUACAGUAGUUUUGGUUUGAAUUUCUUGGAUUCUGAGGUUUUGGGAAAGGUGCACGGAUUUCUGGCCUUUCUCAGGAAGAAAAUUGACUGUGUGUGUAUGAUUGAGUUAAUUUUGUGGGAAGUGGGAAGAUAAACUUAUUUGUGAUGGGUGGAAGACAUUGUUUUAGAUAAAGUAGAGUUAAAUUUAUAUGAUUUUAACUUUUUUUAUGUAUUUGGUGAGAUUAUUAGAUAAAAAACUUAUUUUUCAUUAGUAUUUUGACUAAUAUCUUUUAUGAAUAGAAACUUCUUUUCUUUUUUGAGUGAUUUGUUUACUGUGGAAUCUACAGUAAAGCACCGGAUCGAGCACAACAUGGGCCCUUACUCUUACCCUCAUCUUUCCCUGCUCCUAUUCUUAGUCCCCAAGCCGAUGGAUGGAACCCCGAUCUGCAAUGGCCCAUGUUUUGUGAUCCUCGCUUCUAUAAACACUGACUUUAUUCUUGUUUUUUGAUGAAGAGAUGGUUGUUUUUCUAGGCAAAUCUCGGCGUUGCCGUUUCAGAAUUUAUUUCCCGGUAGCAGUCUAAAUUCUUCCUUGUUUGGACCCAAAUUUUAGAGAAAAUUCCCCGGAGUUCUCCUCAAAUUUUAAUGGAUAUUAUAGCUUUCCACGCAUGCUCAAAUCUCUUCUUAUCCUUAUAAUUCCAGGCCGAUGACAAGACGCGGGGCGCGAUGUACAAGCUGCGCAACACCUGGGUGAACGUCUACCCGCGGGGCAAACUCUACAUGAUCGACUUGAAGAUCCACGAGCUGGACAACAACUGGCCCGUGCACUCGUUGUCCACUUCCGGGGCUCUUUCGACCACCGCUCCUCGUCCUCCCAACCCACGACCCCCGCAAACAGCUCAAACCACGAUACAUGUGAACCCAAGGUUCAUCGAAAGAGCUCAGAAUCCCCCACAGAAACUGGUGUCUCCGCCAAAAACUGAUGUCCCGCAGACCAAGAAUGAGGCCCCAAAAACAGUGCCCAACAAUCGGUCCCAUUUCACUGAUUCUCAGUCGUCAAUGGCAUCAACCAGCUCGUCAUCAUCAACAAAGUCGGCCGAUUCCCCGUUAAAGGCGCCCGUUACGAUGGGCGCGGCAUUAAAAACACUUGGAAAGGUGGGUUUGGGGGAAGAUUUGGGUAUUGUAAAAAUAAUUUUAAUGUUUUUAUGUAAAGUAUAUUGUUUCAGAAGAAAGAAGAGCCCCAAAAGAUUGCCCCCAAAGUGGUUGAGAAGAAGGCUGUUGCGCCAAAAGUGAAGAAGAUCUCAGAUCUCGGGCCUAUCCCCAGGAAAAAGGUGGAAAUAAAGCAAGAAGUAAAGGAAGAAGUCGAUAAGACGUAAGUUUUUUUUGUCAAUUGUAAAUCCUGCUUUAGGACGGAGAAAAUCAGAAAAAUCAAAAAGGAAAUCACAAAACAGCGAAGGGAAUCGCCGACGGGAGUCCCAGAGAAGAAGAAGAAACUCCCGCCCAAGGGGAUCCCAGAAGUGAGGCAAGAGAGGGGAGAGUCGUGGAAGAUCCCCCAAAACAGUAGAUCCGAGCCGAGAAGACCCAUUCAAAACAACCAUAUCAACCGCCCUCAAGCAUCGGCCUCUCCUCCAAUCUUGGUCCCAACCGCCGCUCCAGGGUCCCAUGCUUUUAAUUUGCCCCCUCAGCCGCCAAUCUCCAGGGCCCCUCCGGCACAUUUCCCCCCGAAUCCGAACUAUGGGCCAAGACCCCCAUUCAAUGGGACCCCUCCAUUUGGAGCCCCUCAGUUCUCAGGCCCUCCUCCGCCCUUCUUCAACCCUCCAACUUCAGCCAAUUCCACUCCCAUCAGUGUUCAGUCACUACCUCCAAAUCCAGGAAACCCUAUGCCCGCACAUAUCAAGAAUGAAACACCCAGACUCCCGAAUGUCCCAGGAAACAACAGAAUAUUUGUGGAUGGAAAGGCCUACGAAGUAAGUGGAUUUAUUAAAAUUUGAGGAACUUUUUUGAACAAUUAUAUAUUGUUUUAGGUGAUAUAUCUGGAAAACGAAGCCGUAAUUGAGAGAAACGGGGUUCCCCAUCGUAUAUCGUUUUGUGGCCCAGCCCGUGACGUCAUAAUUGAUGGAGUCGCCCAUCGAAUGGCCUUUGGGGAGACGAAGGAAGUGAACAUUGAUGGUCACAUUCAUCGAUUAAGAUUCGGUGCCCCCUCCCGAGAACUGUACAUGGGGGAUUUCCCAUUUAAAGGAGCCUUCGGAGGACCUCCAAUCAUGGCCACGAUCAAUGGGAAAAGGCAUGAGAUCAGAUUGAUGGGACCCCCACCCGAAGUUAAAAUCGACCAGGACCCUUGUUACGAAUUGAUGAGACACAUGCAAAAUGCACGACAGAACGAUGGGAAAAAGGAGGAGAAGAAGGAUAUGAGCAUCACUGAACUCCUGUCCAAACUUCAGAAGUCGGGAGUUUUGAAUCAGAUCGGGGACAAGGCCAAGACUCCUCCUGCCAGCUCUCCCAUCCCGGCCUCGAGAAAGAGCCCGUCGCCAGUCUCGGAUGAACCCAUUAUUCCAAGCAAAAUGAAGUUGGAUAAAUCCGUGGAAUUAGAUGCCCCAGCAGUGUCAUUAGCUGAGUUUGGAAUCGAGCAGCUUCAAAUGUAAGUUUAUUUUAUAUGAUACAUGAUGAUUAAAAUUCUUUUGAGUUGCCGGAGAUUGAAUAAUAAUUGUACUUUAGGAGGUACAAGAGUGUCACAAGAGACCUUUCCGAAAAGAGAUCGGCUUGUCCAGAUUGUGGAAUCGAAAUCGAAAAAAUGGAUUCGCCCGAGUACAGAAGGCAUUUGGAUGGUCACCUCCAGUCCGAACUGAACGCCAAGCAAGAGAAUGCGGCAAAUGUGAGGACGCGACCGGCUUAUCAGAGCGAAGAGGUAAGAAUAUUGAAAUUUUAAUCUACAUAAUACCUAAGAGAUUAUAUUAUUUUAGGUAAAAAACGGUAAUUUUUUGAAGGAUAAUAAUUGUGACUGUUUCAGGAGUUCAUUGCCUACUCGGAGACGGAAGAAGUGAAUCAUCCCCAGAUCUCACCUGAAGCCGAAGAGAAAAUGGAGAUUGGAGAUGAAGAAGAUCAGGGAAGGGAUGUCCUAUCUAAUGAAACGGAACUCAGAGAAUGCUCCGAAUGUUGUGAACCCUUCGAGGAAUACUUUGACCACGAUUCGGAUGAAUGGCGACUACGGGAUUGCAUCAUUGUGGGCGAUAAGGUAAGAUAUUUAUACUGUAGUCAUACACUCGAUGAACUAAUUUUCGGCAAAAAAUGAGUUGCAUAUACUAAACUUAAUUUUGUUUCAGGCCUUCCAUCGAGCAUGUAAAAUGGACGUACCCACCAGCACCGUGUAA